AUGGGUGUUGAGAUUGAACAAAGUGCAUUGCCUAAACCUACUAAUUUUUAUCUUAAUUACAAUAAAUAAAUGCUAAAUGACUAAGAUUUAGAAAAUAUUUUGCAGAAAAGAUUUGAAUUUGAUUUUGCUCAAUCUGUUUAGAUACUUUUAUAAAAAAAUAAUAUUAGUGAAGAAGGAUCUAUUAUCAUAAGCAAAUUCUUGUCUUCUUUUAAAAAAGUCAACUCCAUAACCUUGAAUUUAGAAGACAAUUUUUCACUUGGAUGCUCUAUUAAUUGUAUAUUUGAUCAAAUUACUUAUUUAAGCAAUACUUUGACUUGCCUAAGAUUAAAUUUUAACUAUAUUAAUUUUACUGAUAAUGGACUUGAAAAUUUAUCUUUAGCACUAUGCUAAUAUGGAAACUUAAGAUAUCUUUCUUUGGGAUUAAUGGCUAAUAAAAUAUCUGACUGCUCUCUCGAAUAAUUUUCCAGAUGUCUUACUCAUCUAAAAUCUAUUACUUAACUUAAUUUGAAUUUAAGCAAAAAUUAGAUAGAAGAAAGAGGUAUAAAUAGAUUGUUAUGCAGUAUUGCCAAAAUAUAAAAUUUAAAAUAACUCUCACUUGACUUAAGAUAAAAUAAUCUUAAAUGCCAAGGAGUUAAAUCAAUAGCAUAAAUUCUACCUUAACUAGAAAAUUUAUUAAGCUUAAACCUCUAAAUAAAUCGUAACAGAGCUAGUGAGAGUACAUUUUUAACUCUUUGUAAAUCGUUCAAGAAAAUGAAAUAUCUUAAGCACCUAAAAAUAAAUUUAUUAUUAUGCCAACUAAAUACAGACAUUCAGAAAAAAUUGAAGCAGCAACUUAUGAAACCCAAAAGAUUAACAGAUUUAACUAUUUUCUGA